GUAAAGUAAAAAAAUGAAACCUCCACCAAAUACAACGAAUAUCGCACCUAACGCCAACGGUAUAGGAAGACUGACGAGAUCAAAUAUGGCCACGCGGUAGCGGCACUGCAACUCUGCAACAAUUCAAGCACGCCGGCGCUCUUUAUUUUUGUUGGGUUUUGGAUAAAUUAGAGGCCUUUCGACAUGGCAGAUAACUCGAACCGCACUGCUCUACUUGUUAUCGACAUGCAGAAAGAUUUUAUACACGAGGACGGUCUGUCGCGAGUGAACGGGGGCAGAGCUGUAGUCCCCAAUGUAAUCAAAGCCGUUCAAGUCGCUAGGCAGCGUGGUAUUCUCAUUGUUUGGGUUGUUCGUGAGCAUGACCCACUAGGGAGAGAUGUUGAACUCUUCCGCCGGAACUUUUAUGCUGCUGAUAAAGUGGGUCCAAUUGUUAAGGGAAGCGUGGGUGCGGAACUGGUUGAUGGGCUGGUGAUUAAAGAAGGGGACUACAAAUUGGUGAAGAUGCGCUUUAGUGCAUUCUUUGCUACACACCUUCAUUCUCUUCUUCAGGGUGCUGGAAUUAAUAACUUGGUUAUCACUGGCGUUCAAACUCCAAAUUGCAUCAGACAGACUGUCUUUGAUGCAGUAGCAUUGGAUUAUCAAUCUGUUACUGUUAUUGUGGAUGCCACUGCUGCUGCUACACCUGAUAUACAUGUCGCCAACAUUUUUGACAUGAAAAAUGUCGGAGUUGCGACCCCAACAUUACAGGAAUGGUGCGAGUCUAAUACUUGAUCUGUCUGGCAGCAAAAUCAUUUUCGCCCUGCCUCAAGUUCCAUGUUUGUACUUCUACUUGUGAAAAGUGAUUUCUCAUUGAUACCCGUCACUUCACUGUAUUGUACUAUUUGUGUGAUGUCUCACAUUCCAAUAUAUUGGACUAACAGCAACUUAUUUAUUA